AUGGGGACGCUCUUCGAAGAACUCUUACGCUGUCGACUGGUCGGUGAACUCCUCAUCGGACUCCUCUUUGGGAACCUAAGCCCUGGCACGCUCUUACCGACCGACAAGACUUUACUCAUUCUUGCUGGAGAGGUCGGGGUUCUGGGAUUAGUCUUUGAGGCCGGAUUGGGGACUGAUGUCCGGCGGGUUGUGAAGGCUGGACCGAGAGCGGCGCUUGUUGCUGGUGUGGGGAUUGUAGUCCCGUUGGCGACUGGGUUUGGGUUCAUGUAUGGAGUUUCGAAGCUGAGGCAUAUCCAGGAGCUAGAGGGGGGUGUAGAUUCGGGAAAGAGAGAGUUGUCUGAUGUUGUGAUUGAGGCUGUUGCGUCUGGUGCGUCGUUGGCCUCGACGUCGAUUGCGAUUGCGGUGACUAUGAUGAAGCAACAAGGGAUUCUGGAUACGGCGAUCGGGACGCUUAUUACGACGGCGGCGAUGCUGGAUGAUGUUGUGAGUCUUAUCCUGUUAGGUAUUGUCUCGAGUAUUGGCGGAUCUGGAUCGGGGAUUCGGCCUAUGACCGUGAUUCAGCCGUUGCUUGCGAGUUUUGGGAUCAUUCUUGUGGGUGUUGGUGGAUGUGCUGCUCUUUCGAGGGUCAAGUCCAGGAAGGCAUCGUCUAUGGAUGGCGAUACAGAGAUAGUGGAUGCUCAGAGUGUGGCCAAGAGGGUGGGUGACACCGGGAUUCACUCUGAGAAAAGGUUGAUGAGCCGCCGCCACCGCAACGACAUCAGGACUCGAAUCGCGGUCUUUUAUACCCGGUUCGCAUCUACAAUCAAGCUAGCAGGGAUGCUCAUCGCCGGGUUUUCAUACAGCAUCCUGGCAGAAUACCUGGGCAGCUCACGUCUUUUGGGUGCCUUUGUUGCCGGCGUCUUUUUCUCAGCUUUUGAAGACCUCAAGCAAAUGUACGAGGAGCAGAUUACUGACAAGGUCCAACCAGCGAUGAGCGCCAUCUUCUUUGCGACCAUCGGGUUCGCGAUCCCGUUGACCAAGAUCUUGGAGCCGGCCUUGUUUGGGUGGGGGAUUGUCUACGCUGUGAUCGCGUCGCUUUCGAAACUGGUGACCGUGAUUAUCGUCCCCGCACGGGUAUCUGAGGAGAAGGAGGAGGAGGAAGAGAGUGGCAAUAGAGGAGGACGAUAUGGCGCUAGGUGGAUGGUCGGUGCAGCGAUGAUUGCUCGAGGAGAACUUGGGCUGUUGAUGGUGCAGCAGGCGCAGGCGCAGGGUGUUAUGAGUCAGACGAGUAUGGUUAUCACGACCUGGUCCAUCGUCCUUUCGACUCUUGUUGGCGUUGGUGCAUUCAGCUUUGUCAUGAAGUAG